AUGAAAAACAGUCAGCAGUGGUGGUUUGGCCCAGAAUUUCUGAAGAAAUCUAAAGAUGCAUGGCCUGAAGAAAAAAUCGAAAUAGAACUCAACUCAGUAAAGUGUAAAGAGUUGAAAGUCGAAGCACGAAAACAAGAGAGUGUCUCUACAAAUGACCAGUCCUCAAGUUUCAAUUAUGGCAUAUGGAUCCUUUACGAUAUUCGAAGUGGUACAGAGUAAAAAAUGAGAACAAGUUGGAAUUUGGACUUUUGUUAGUAUGAGUAUGUUCGUGGGUCGACAGAUUCAUCAAUAACUACCGUAGAUCAAGGGAAGAACGCACUCAUGGAGAACUCACAGCAGAUGAGGUACGCAGCACAGAAGAAAAAUGUAUUAAAAAAGCGUUAUCCUGAUGAGAUCAAAGCUUUCAAGCAAAAUAGAAAUCUACCAAAGAGCUCUAUCCUUACAUUAACACCGAUAUUAAUGGAUGGACUGUUAAGAUCCAACACAAGAUUACGUUACGCAGAACAUUUACCAAAUCGAGUGAAGUACCCUGUUAUCCUUCCAAAGAAAUAUCCGGUUAUGGAACUGAUCGUCAAGUAUCAUCAUGAGAAAGAAGGACAUGAAAUGGGACUAAAUUAUAUUCUGAAUCAUCUUCGCGAGAGCUACAUAGUUGUGCAUGCACAGGAAAAGGUUAAAAGAAUCAUGAAAGAAUGCACAGUGAGUGCAAGAGAAGAUUCCGCAGGAAACCGUUACAACUACAAAUGGCUCCUCUACCACGUAUUCGAUUAG